AUGGCCACCACGAAGCUCAGCACGCGGGCAAGGGGGAUUUUGUCGACCAUGCUGCCCCGCGGUAAGGUGGUGAUUCGCGAGAUCGAGCCUAUCUAUCCCGAAUCGGUGGCGACGGGGCUGGCAUAUGCGAGGUUCAACGAGGUGUGGACCAAGUUGCGCGCCUUUGAGCUUUGCGAGUACGCACGGGUGGCGCUGGUGGAUUCGGAUAUGCUCGUACGACGCAAUAUGGACGAACUCCUCGCUGCGCCCGUCUUUCCCACGGGGGAGGGGGAAUGGAUCGCAGCCAGUUGGGCAUGCACCUGCAAUCCGAACCGAAUCGCCACGUAUCCCGACAACUGGAUCCCCGAAAACUGUGGAUUCACUGGCCAAACACUGCCGCAAGCAAAAGACCCACAAAGCGUCGUACAGCCAACAAAGGAAACACCGAGGCCGGGAAAGUUGAUCAAUAGCGGUCUCGUUCUGCUUACACCUUCGAAGGCUACGAUGGAGGAAAUGAUCGACGCCAUUAAUACCGAUCCAAGGGUGCAGGAAUACAGGUUUCCAGAUCAAGACUUCCUCGCCGACUUUUUCGAUACGCAAAAUCGUCACAUCAAGUACUUGCCAUACAAGUACAAUGCGCUCAAGAAGCUGCCCCUGGUCCAUGCGAAUAUUUGGAGGGACGAGGAUGCGGUGAAUGUGCAUUACAUCCUCGAUAAGCCCUGGAACCUCGGCCGUCCAGGUUCGGAGCGCAAUCCGAAGGACCCGGAUGCACACGUACACAACUGGUGGUGGCAUGCGUUCGACGACGUCAAAGCCAACCUCGCCGUCGAGCGAGAGGGGAUCAGCAUCCAGAAAGACGACUGGCAACAGUGCGUGGAAAAAUACAUGUCGCUUUGA